CUGUUUAGUUCUGUAGUGUUUUUCAGUAUAUUGUUAAAUACUUCGUUAAAAUGCUAAGAGUAAUGUCUUUUUAUCAGAGUUAUUGUGGUCUAAGCUGAGUGAGUAUGGUACAUUAGUUGUGCCCGGGUUGUUUAUCAGAGCGGCGUCGCAGUUCGGGAUGAUUUUUGAGUUGAUAUUAAUAUGGAGAAUAAACGAGGAGAGAUUCCGACCAGCGUCCUGGAUAAUCUCUGCAGUCGCUUCAUCCUGCACGUCCCAAGUGAAGAAAGAGACAAUGCUAUCCGAGUUUGCUUCCAGAUUGAGCUUGCCCAUUGGUUUUACCUGGACUUUUACGUGCAGAACACACCAGGAUUACCUCAGUGUGGGAUAAGAGACUUUGCCAAGGCUGUUUUUAAUCACUGUCCCUUCCUGCUUCCCCAAGGCGAGGAUGUUCAGAAGGUUUUAGAUAAGUGGAAAGAGUAUAAGAUGGGGGUUCCUACAUAUGGUGCAAUUAUCCUAGAUGAAACCCUUGACAAUGUUUUACUAGUGCAAGGAUAUCUAGCUAAAUCAGGAUGGGGCUUUCCUAAAGGAAAAGUUAAUGAGGAGGAAGCGCCACAUGAUUGUGCUGUACGAGAGGUUUUGGAAGAGACUGGCUUUGAUAUCCGAAACCGCAUCUGCAAAGACACUUUUAUUGAGCAGAAAAUCACAGAACAGAUUGCAAGAUUGUACAUAAUACCUGGUGUUCCAAAAGAGACGAAGUUCAACCCCAAAACCAGGAAAGAAAUAAGGAACAUUGAAUGGUUUUCGGUUGACAAACUACCCUGCCAUAGAAAUGACAUGACUCCUAAAUCCAAGCUUGGCCUUGCUCCCAACAAGUUCUUCAUGGUUAUACCUUUUAUGAGACAGCUCAAAGAAUGGAUAUCCAAGCAUAAAUUGGAAUCAACUAGCAGUGAUGAAGACUUUAUGUCUAAUGGUAGCACUCCAUGCAAGUCUUUUCACUCUCGGCCGAGGCGCUCACAUGUGUCAGUGGACUCAUCUCUGGAAGAUGGCUUGGCAAAGCCCAAUCAACUAAAAGCUAUUGGACAACCCAGUCCAUGUGAGUUUGGAGACUUUCUUACAGUCAAGAAUCAUAAUGUGAAAUGCAAUGGAAAGAAGCACCAAGAUUUGUCUAAUGUGAAGAAAAGGACAAAUGACUUCAAUAAUCAUCAGAAAGAGGAGAAGAAGCUUCAGCCCAGACGACUGCAGGACAAUUUUGAUGCUGAUGCUCAGGAAGAAGUGCACAGUGUAAAUGGACGAUCAGAUUCUUGCAAUGGAUCUUCACAUGGACAUCACUGGGGCUAUAAUGAUCAGAGCUCGUGGUCGAGUGCUUUCCAAGACUGCAGUGGAAAAUCUCAGUCUCCCAUUGACAUUGAGACUAGCAAGUCAGUAUAUGAUCCCAGUCUGCCUGCUAUAAUACUGGACGGGUAUGAUCUAACAGGUCACCCUGGUCUGACACUGCUUAACAACGGUCACACAUUGCAGCUUUCUUUGCCCAACACUAUGCGCAUAGUGAAAGGAUUUGAUCAGAUCUAUCUGGCUGCCCAGCUUCAUUUUCACUGGGGCGCUGUUGAUACUCCUGGCUCAGAGCACACCGUCGAUAAUGUUCACUUCCCUGCUGAGAUCCAUGUGGUUCAUUAUAACUCCAAAUACCCCAAUAUCUCAGUGGCUGCAAGCAAACCAGAUGGACUCGCUGUGUUGGGAGGACUCAUUGGGAUUGGUCUUCACGAGAAUGAAAACUAUGGAAACAUUCUGUCUGUACUUAAAAACAUUAGUGUACAAGAGACAAACGCUCAGAUCCCAGGUUUUAAUAUCCGUCACCUGCUGCCAAACAGCUUGCAAAAUUUUUAUAGGUACACUGGUUCCCUGACAACUCCACCAUGUUUCCAGUCAGUAAACUGGACACUGUUUAAUGACACAAUCAGUGUCUCGAGGAGACAGCUGGCUGCUCUGGAGGACUCGUUGACAGCAGGGCAAAAUCAGCUCCUGUCCAAAAACUUUCGAGUUCCACAGCCUCUUAAUGAAAGACGAGUGCUGGCCUCUUUUACUAGGUUACCCACUGUUCAGGGUCCUAAUGCAGGUGUGCCAUUUUCAAAAGAAACUAUUACAAGGGUUAAAACAAGUGGAUCAAAUGAUGGACUGUCCAAAGGUGAUAUUUUGGCCAUUCUCUUUGGAGUCUUUUUUGCACUAACUUUGCUGGCUUUCAUCAUGUAUGCUUAUCAACAGCGGAAAAGAACUAAAGACUCCAGGCAAAACGUGGUUUAUAAACCAACAUCCAGGAAGGAGGACAUAUAAAGGCACCACACACACAUUCACAAACACUAACACUUAGGUAAAUUUCCAGUAAAUCCAGUUGGCCUGACUGACUGUCUAAAAAAAAAACAGGAGCACUCGAAGGAAACCCACACAGACACAGGGAGAACAUGCAAACUUCACAAAAAGGACCCAUGUCUAGCUGGGGAAUCAAACUUAGGUCCUACUUGAUAUGAGGAGACUGCACCACCGUGCCACUAUUCCAUUUAUGAUUUUCUACAUUGUAUCUUGUUAAAGAGAUACUUUAAAAUUAAAUGUCUAAUUAUUUGGUGUUAUAUCAUGUAAACCAUGC